GUUUGUACUUCUUCGUGAAGAAUCGGCAACCGGCGAGCAGGAGCUUUGAGACGCCUGAGGCAGGAAAUGCGGCUCUGCAUGGUGCAGCCGACAGCCUCGGUACAUUGAGGUGAACUACCGCCGCGACCAGUGAUAUUCGUCUGAUUUGUCCUCCAUUGCUCGGUCAACACUCACACGAUCACUGUCACGACUGUACUGUACGACACAGUUCACGAGCCGAAGAACUCCCCUACGCCUAGAAGCCCUCAACAACCUAGAGACUCCACCGCAGCCACAAUGUCGAAGCAAUUCACAGCAAACGAGGUCAAGGACCAAGGCUCAGUAGACAAGGGACUGCACAUCAUCAUCGAUAACAACGUCUACAAGCUUGAUGGAUUCGUCGACGAGCACCCGGGCGGCGCAAAGAUCCUGAAGCGAGUUGGCGGCAAGGAUGCCAGCAAGCAGUUUUGGAAGUACCACAACGAGAGCGUACUCAAGAAGUAUGGACCAAAGCUCCAGGUCGGAACACUGAAGGAGGGCGCGAAGCUAUAGACAACGAAUACACGAUACCCACGAUAUAUUAUUCUCGAUUUUCCCUGGCCUUGCCACAGAUACUCACGAUGUUUCCCUCCUGAGACCAGGCGUCAUUAGAUUCAUGAUAACAAAGUACAGACUGGGGUAUAGGGCAUCAGGUAUAAGACGAUUCUCCCACCAG